CUUGAGUAUCCCUCGGCGUCAUUUCCGAAAUCCCUGCCUUCUGCCAUCGUCAUGAGCAGCCUCCCGCCGUCGCCGACCGCGUCGGCCCACGCCGACCUGCCCGAGGUCACGGAGGUGGCGCCGCCGUACUUGGCCAAGCACCCGAAGGGCUUUGGCGAGAUGCGCUUCAUGAAGGACGUCGUCGUGCGCGAGACGUACCUCUUGCCCGUGCCCCACCUCUCGACGUGGAUUCCGGACGGCAACAAGUUUGCGGCCAAUGAACGCAACAUUGACACCCAAGACAAGCUCGAGGAGACCGACUACGCGGACCGGAAGGCCACGUACAACCGCAUUAUGUCCCAGGACGACGUGAUUCUUGGCGACAUUCGCCGCCAUCCGCGCCAGCAGCCCAUCUCGCGCGCGUACCUUCGCGCGGGCCCGCGUCCGACGCUCUACUUUGAGCCGAGCGAGGUCAAGGCUGCGAUCGUGACCUGCGGCGGCCUCUGCCCCGGCCUCAACAACGUCAUCCGCGACAUCACGCUCGCGCUCUGGAAUUUGUACGGCGUGCGCGAAAUCUUUGGCAUCCGCAUGGGCUUUGUCGGCUUCCACAACUGGACGGACCUCAGCGACAAGGACGCGCCGCUCAUGCUCACGCCCGACGUGGUCUCGACCAUCCACCACUCGGGCGGCACGAUCCUCGGCUCGAACCGCGGCGGCUUUGACAAGGAAAAGAUCAUUGAGUUCCUCACGACCCACGGCGUGAACCAGCUGUACGUCAUUGGCGGCGACGGCACGCACCGCGCCGCCAACAUCAUCGCCGAAGAGUGCCAGCAGCGCAAGUUGCGCAUCACGGUCGCCGGUGUCCCCAAGACGAUCGAUAACGACGUCGACCUUCUCGACCGCAGCUUUGGCUUCAACACGGCCGUCGAGGAAGCCCAGCGCGCGAUCCGGUCCGCGGUCGUGGAAGCACGUUGCGUGCCCAACGGGAUUGGCGUCGUCAAGCUCAUGGGUCGCUCGGCCGGCUUUAUCGCGGCCCACGCAACCCUGAGCAGCGGUGACGUCAACCUGUGUUGCAUUCCCGAAGUCCCAAUUGUCCUCGACGGGCCCAAGAGCUGCCUCACGCACGUCGAGCGCGUCGUCGCGGAGAAGGGGUACGCGGUCGUCGUCGUGGCCGAAGGCGCGGGUGAAGAGCUCCUCGGGACGUCUGCGGUCGUCGACGCCGGUGGCAACAAGAAGCUGCCGCCGAUCGGCGAGUUUAUGAAGAAGGCGUUGAUUGCGCACUUUGAGACGGUCGGGCUCACGGCGACGGUCAAGUACAUUGACCCGUCGUACAUGAUUCGGUCCGUGCCCGCGAACGCGGCCGACUCGCUCUACUGCAUGCUCCUCGGCCAGAACGCGGUGCACGGCUCGAUGGCUGGCUACACGGGCUUCACGGUCGGCCUCAGCGCCAACCGCACCGUCUUCUUCCCGAUCACGGCCGUCACCAAGAACUCGCCGCGGUGCAUGGACCCGGUCGGCCGCACGUGGGAGCGUGUGCUGUGCAUGACGCGCCAGCCCAACACGGUGCCCGAUGACUUUCACUGUGACCGCGCGACGUCAUCCAACUUGGUGUAAUCAACUAACAUGCUGCUUGUCUAUUCUUCCUCAA